GAAAGAAGGCGUCCUGGCUGUGACUGACCAAUUGGUGAUCUCAUGGUCUGCAUGUGUCACGCAUGAGCAGCCACUGGCCUGGUGAAAAAAAAACAAGCUCCCCAGAACCUGUCCUGCUGCAGAGUUCGUACAGGUGCCGAUGCCUUUUGUAAAAUAUCCCAAGAAUGUUGAACCACCAUGGAAAGGUUGGGACAGAAAAGCAGAGAAGUCUGGCCUGAGGCACACAGUUUACAGUGUAAAUGGGGAUCAAUACACAGGGGAGUGGCUUAAUAACCAAAAGCAUGGCAAAGGCACUUAUGUAUGGAAAAGCUCCAACACCAUUUAUGAAGGAGAAUGGAAAUGUGGCAAAAGAAGUGGUUUUGGGACAUACAGUGUGCAAGACCCCAAUACUGGAGAAUAUGUAAAGGUUUAUUCUGGAUCCUGGAAGAAUGACAGAAAACAUGGUUAUGGGACUCAUUUCUACACAGAUAAAGAGUAUUAUGAAGGCGACUGGAAAGCUGGACAAAGAAGUGGCUGGGGCAGAAUGUACUUUGCUAAUGGAGAUAUUUAUGAAGGAGAAUGGCGUGAAGAUAAGUAUUGUGGCAAAGGAAUGCUACGAUUAGCCAAUGAAAAUCGCUAUGAAGGUUCCUGGAAAGGAGGAAAGAAGCAUGGCCCUGGAAAGUUUUAUUACCUUGACAAAGGCCAACUGUAUGAAGGAAUAUGGGUAGAAGAUAUUCCAAAGUGUGGAACUAUGGUGGAUUUUGGACGUGUAGAAGCACCGUACCCAACAAAAUAUCCUAUUCCAGAGGUAAAAGUGUCAGACCCUGAAGGCAUUCUGGAAGCAGCUCGAACAUCAUUUCUUAAAAAGGAAAAAUGACAGUUUUUAUGCUUUUGCUAGGGAAAUCAUGUGCCAAUUGUACAACAUUGUAAUAAUGCAACCAGGUCCAAAAGUUAGAUACAAAUUUGCUUUCAAGGAGGAGCACAGAUAGUCUGCUAGUGUCAUCCAGACUCCUACAGUUUUAUUGCUCUACUAGGGGACAAGAAAAUGUAAAAACCUAUACAUUAGUCACUCUUCAUAAACAAUACAAAAGGCCAUAGGAAAGAGUAUCCAAGGCUACAAUACAACCCAGAUCCCAAAAAGUUUAAAGGCUUUUUUUAUUAACUUUUCACAAACCUUUUGUCAUAGACAUAUAAAGAGUUUACAUGAGUGGGAGUCUGGGCACUAAGAUCCCCACUGAUCCCAAAUAUGCAUGCACUUCUGUCCCCUGAUUCUAGGGAUUGGUGGGGUCUCAGACCCCCACCGAUGUAAUCUUUUGAUAUGUAUCCAUGACAAAUGUUUUGUGAAAAGUUAUAGACCCUUUAAAUUGCUUGUGGUGAACCUAUACUUGUAUUAUAAGGAACUGAAUUAUUGGAAUUACCGUACUCCUUAUACAAGGGGGAGUACCCUAGUAAUAAGGUAGAGCAGGGUGCAAUUAAAUACCCUGCCACUACAUAUAUCUCAUCAACAGCCAUAGACUGUUGUGUAUCAAUCUGCACCAGAAUACAGGCUGUCAAACAGUAAACCCUAAUUCUGCUGGUUUGUCUCACAGCAUUGGGGAAUAAGAUUUCUAUACUGUGGCCAUAUUUUAACAACUUGAGCUUAUACUUUAAUGGGUCAUUAACUUUUCCCAAAAUCUUUGAUGUUAUAGAGACAUACCAAAUGUUGUGAUCAAUGGGGAGGGGGGGGGGGGGGUCUGAGAGUGCCGAGAACCCCACCGAUCCCUAGAACGAGGGGAGAGAAAAACACACAUUGUGCUCUCCCCUGCACGAGACUGCUUUCUACAAACGUACGGGCCAGUCUCAAUUAUAUCCUUGGUAGCAAGGAAAGAACGUGCGAUCAGGAGGGUCUCAGCACUCAAAACCCCCCCACCGAUCACAAUUUGCAAUAGGGUUCUAUGUAAAAAGUUAAUGACCUUUAAAAUAUAUUUAUAGUUGUGUGAAUAUAAACAUGCAGAACACUGUCUUCCAGUCCUUUGUAAAAUGUCUCUGAUGCGUUGUGGUGAACAUUUGACCUAUUUCUGUGCGCAAAUCAUAGGAAACAGUGACUCAAAUAAGAUCUGUCAGUGCAGAUGUUUGCCGUCACCAGAUACAAAUGCAGUUGUGUAUACCUGUGCAGUGAUCUGAUAAGCAUGUAUUCAGGCAAAUGGAAAAAAACAUAACAGUAUGGCUUAUAAAAUAAAAAAAAUCCAAAGAUUAUAGCCCCAGCUGGGCAUCGGUCCCAGCAGUGAGUGAUCCUAAAUCGCAGGAGGGCAGAUGUAUGUAUAUGGAUAACAGUUUGUCUCCCAUAGCCAUUGAUGGAGGAUUACUAUAGGAAGCUGUGGCAUCCUGCCACCAUACUCAGGAAGCAGAUAAAAUCCUUAUGGAACCUUUAAAAAGGACCUUUCACUGGUCCCUACGUUACAAUAUUAGUACCUGGCAGUAUAGGGCAUUACUAGUAUAUGUCAGGGCACUUUGUUUUUUCAGAUGCGCCGC